AACGUGCUUGGACGAGGGGCGCGGGCCAGUCUGGGAGUUGUAGUUCCAGGUCGCUGUGGGGCGCGCGCCUGGCGGAAGUGGCUGGAGAAGGCGGGCGGAAGCUGCACGCCAAGGUACUGGGUUCGGUGCUGAGGCGGCGGCUGCGACACGGAAAAGACUGAGUGACUGAAGCUCCAAAGGCCAGCAGGCUGGUGGGGACGUGACCGAAGCGAGGCUCUAGUUCCUUUUCGGUGGGCGCCAGUUGAGCAUCGCCUCUGGCUUCCCCAGGAUGCGCCGGCAGCCGGGGAGCGGCUGCAGGCGCGGGGCCUAAGGAUGAUCUUUCCUGUCCUCCGCUCCGCGCUCCGGUGGCUGCGACAGCCCGGAGACCGUGCCUUUUCCCGCCCCGCCAUGGAGGUGGCCCUCCGAGGCGUGCGGAAGGUCCUCUGUGUGGCCGAAAAAAACGACGCGGCCAAGGGGAUCGCCGACCUGCUGUCCAACGGUCGCAUGAGGCGGAGAGAAGGACUUUCAAAAUUCAACAAGAUCUAUGAAUUUGAUUAUCACCUGUAUGGCCAGAAUGUUACCAUGGUAAUGACUUCGGUUUCUGGACAUUUACUGGCUCAUGAUUUCCGGAUGCAGUUUCGAAAAUGGCAGAGCUGCAACCCUCUUGUCCUCUUUGAAGCAGAAAUUGAAAAGUACUGCCCAGAGAAUUUUGUAGACAUCAAGAAAACUCUGGAACGAGAGACUCGCCAGUGCCAGGCUCUGGUGAUCUGGACUGACUGUGAUAGAGAAGGCGAAAACAUUGGGUUUGAGAUUAUCCAUGUGUGUAAGACUGUAAAGCCCAAUCUGCAGGUGUUGCGAGCCCGAUUCUCUGAGAUCACACUCCGUGCCGUCAGGACAGCUUGUGAAAACCUGACUGAGCCUGAUCAGAGGGUGAGCGAUGCUGUGGAUGUGAGGCAGGAGCUGGACCUGAGGAUUGGAGCUGCCUUUACUAGGUUCCAGACCCUGCGGCUUCAGAAGAUUUUUCCUGAGGUGCUGGCAGAGCAGCUCAUCAGUUACGGCAGCUGCCAGUUCCCCACAUUGGGCUUUGUGGUGGAGCGGUUCAAAGCCAUUCAGGCUUUUGUACCAGAAAUCUUCCACAGAAUUAAAGUAACUCAUGACCACAAAGAUGGUAUCGUAGAAUUCAACUGGAAAAGGCAUCGACUCUUUAACCACACGGCUUGCCUAGUUCUCUAUCAGUUGUGUAUGGAGGAUCCCAUGGCAACUGUGGUAGAGGUCAGAUCUAAGCCCAAGAGCAAGUGGCGGCCUCAAGCUUUGGACACUGUGGAGCUUGAGAAGCUGGCUUCUCGAAAGUUGAGAAUAAAUGCUAAAGAAACCAUGAGGAUUGCUGAGAAGCUCUACACUCAAGGGUACAUCAGCUAUCCCCGAACAGAAACAAACAUUUUUCCCAGAGACUUAAACCUGACGGUGUUGGUGGAACAGCAGACCCCCGAUCCACGCUGGGGGGCCUUUGCCCAGAGCAUUCUAGAGCGGGGUGGUCCCACCCCACGCAAUGGGAACAAGUCUGACCAAGCUCACCCUCCCAUUCACCCCACCAAAUACACCAACAGCUUACAGGGAGACGAACAGCGACUGUACGAGUUUAUUGUUCGCCAUUUCCUGGCCUGCUGCUCCCAGGAUGCUCAGGGGCAGGAGACCACAGUAGAGAUCGACAUCGCUCAGGAACGCUUUGUGGCCCACGGCCUCGUGAUUCUGGCCCGAAACUAUCUGGACGUGUAUCCAUAUGAUCACUGGAGUGACAAGAUCCUCCCUGUCUAUGAGCGAGGCUCCCGCUUUCAGCCCAGCACCGUGGAGAUGGUGGAUGGGGAGACCAGCCCGCCCAAGCUGCUCACCGAGGCCGACCUCAUUGCCCUCAUGGAGAAGCACGGCAUUGGCUCUCAAGGGCUUUCUCUGGCAAGCCUAGUCCAGGAAUACCAGCAGCACAGUGGAGGGAAGCAGAGCUCUCUGGGCAUGUGUUACAGAAGCAGCUGCCUCACCCACGAAGGGAGUUUCUUAGCCUCACUGAGCUUGACUUUCCCUGCAGGUUAUGAUUCCAUGGGCUAUGAAAUGUCUAAGCCUGACCUCCGGGCUGAGCUGGAAGCUGAUCUGAAGCUGAUCUGUGAUGGCAAGAAGGACAAAUUUGUGGUUCUAAGGCAGCAAGUGCAGAAAUACAAGCAGGUUUUCAUCGAAGCGGUGGCUAAAGCAAAGAAAUUGGAUGAGGCCUUGGCCCAGUACUUUGGGAAUGGGACAGAGUUGGCCCAGCAAGAAGAGAUCUACCCAGCCAUGCCAGAGCCCAUCAGGAAGUGCCCACAGUGCAACAAGGACAUGGUCCUCAAGACCAAGAAGAACGGCGGGUUCUACCUCAGCUGCAUGGGUUUCCCGGAGUGUCGCUCAGCCAUGUGGCUUCCUGACUCGGUGCUGGAGGCCAGCAGGGACAGCAGCGUGUGUCCAGUUUGUCAGCCACAUCCUGUGUACAGGUUGAAGUUAAAGUUUAAGCGCGGUAGCCUUCCCCCGACCAUGCCUCUGGAGUUUGUUUGCUGCAUCGGUGGAUGCGACGAGACCCUGAGGGAGAUCCUGGACCUGAGAUUUUCACGGGGCCCCCCCAGGGCUAUCCAGCCCUCUGGUCACCUGCAGGCUAGCCAGUCUCUGAACAGGAUGGACAAUAGCCAGCACCCCCAGCCUGCUGACAGCAGACAGACUGGGCCCUCAAAGGCUCUGGCCCAGACCCUCCCACCACCCACGGCUGCUGGUGAAAGCAAUUCUGUGACCUGCAACUGUGGCCAGGAGGCUGUGCUGCUUACUGUCCGUAAGGAGGGCCCCAACCAGGGCCGGCAAUUCUUUAAGUGUAACGGGGGUAGCUGCAACUUCUUCCUGUGGGCAGACAGCCCCAAUCAGGGAGGAGGAGGGCCUCCCGCCUCGGCAUAUAGACCCCUAGGCGGCUCCCUGGGACGCCCACCAGGCCCAGGGAUCCACCUGGGUGGGUUUGGCAACCCUGGUGAUGGCAGUGGUACUGGCACAUCCUGCCUGUGCAGCCAGCCUGCCGUCACACGGACUGUGCAGAAGGAUGGGCCCAACAAGGGGCGCCAGUUCCACACGUGUGCCAAGCCGAGAGAGCAGCAGUGUGGCUUCUUCCAGUGGGUCGAUGAGAACACCGCUCCAGGGACUUCUGGAGCCCCGUCCUGGACAGGAGACAGAGGAAGAAUCCUGGGGUCGGAAGCCAGAAGCAAAAGGCCCCGGGCCAGUUCCUCAGACACGGGGUCCACAGCAAAGAAACCCCGGAAAUGCAGCCUUUGCCACCAACCUGGACACACCCGUCCCUUUUGUCCUCAGAACAGAUGAGCUCAGGGUAGGGUAGAGAGCGCCACUUUCUCAGACCUGUCUCCUUUGUGUUGGGAAAUGAGUUAACCAGGACCAAGUGGCCAUUUAGCAUCCUGGAAACUUGGAGGACAGUGUUGGCCUUUGGAGUCGGGCCUUUUUGUGUUAAGGGGCACAAGGUCCAGACCACUGUGGAGCAGGCCAGCUCUGUUGGACAGUGGCCCUCUUCCCAAGCCUCAGAAGUGACCAUAGCCACUGCUGAAAAGGCACGCAGCUGCUCCCUCGGAUCCCCCAAGGGUGGUUGCUGUUAGCAGAGGAUUGGUGCAGUCCUAGCUGAAGCCCACUGUGUGCCAAAGGAAGAAGCUCCCAGGACUGCUUCCUUCACCUCCAGAAAGCCCCAGGUGAGCCGGCAGCACUCAUGGGGCAGGCCAUGUCCAGGCUGCCCAGGGCUUCUCUCAUAGAUGUCCUGAGAAGGACGGUGUAAUACAAGGAAGUGGCUGUGGUAACACUGAUCCUGCAGAAGAAGCUUCAUUCCCUCUUUAGUUAAGCCAGGACACCCAGAAUUCAUUGCCUUAAUAAAGAACCCAGGCUGGGUGCAGUGGCUCACGCCUGUAAUCUCAGCGCUUUGGGAGGCUGAGGUGGGUGGAUUGCCUGAGCUCAGGAGUUGGAGACCAGCCUGGGCAACACGGUGAAGCCCUGUCUCUCCUAAAAUACAAAAAAUCAGCCAGGCGUGGCGGUAUGUGCCUGUAGACCCGGCUACUCAGGAGGCUGAGGCAGGAGAAUUGCUUGAACCCAGGAGGCAGAGGUUACAGUUAGCCGAUAUUGUGUCACUGGACUCCAGUCUGGGUGACAGAGCGAGACGCAGUCUCAAAAAAAAUUUAAAAAUUAAAAAAAAAUAAAAGAAUCCAACCCCAACGGGGCGUGGAGGCUCACACCUAAUCCAGCACUUAGGGAAGUCAAGGCUGGAGGAUUGCUUGAGGUCGGGAGUUGAAGACCAGACUGGGCAACAUAGUUAGACCUUCUCUAUAUUAUUAAAGAUAUAGCCAAGCACAGUUGUACACGCCUUUAGUCCCAGCUGCUCAGGAGGCUGAAGUGGGAGGAUCCUUUGAACCCAAGAGUUUGAGGCUGCAGCAAGCCAUGAUCACACCACUGCACUCCAGCCUGGGUGACAGAGCAAGACCCUGUCUCUCAGACUUUUUGUUUUAAAUAAAUAAUCCAACCUUUUUUUACUCUGACCUGUGAGAGUGCAGAGGGUCUGGGGAACAUUUGCAGAAGUAACAGGUAUCAGCCAGUGCUGGAAGGAGCUCACCCUGGAAGGUCUCACCAGCCUCUGUCCCUCAUGUUUGUCCCUCGUGUCCCAUGUGGACAGCCCUUCCUCCCUUUCCACAUGGUAAGCACUGCGCCCAAUUUCUUCCUACCCCACAGGUGGUCCCUCAGAGCAGAGAAGAUGUCCGAUGAAAGGUUCAGAUUCAGAUCACUAACUUUCCAUCUUCCACUUUUUCCAGUGGUGGCCAUGUUCCCCGUUUGCCUUCACAAAAACCUUGUGAAUAAUACAAGCCAUAUGGACUCUGAUUUACAGUUUAGAAGAUGAGCAGGGGUGGGUGUGAGUUGCCCAGUCAUGUUGCUAGUUGUUGAAGAAACUAGAAUUGUUCUCAGGUCUUGGGCUCCUGGCCCCAUAGACCAGUGGCUCUGUGUCCUGGUGGAGUACUGGGGAGGAUUUUUAUAAAUGCAGAUUCCUGAGAUUGUUCCUGGAGCAUCUCUGAGUGGGUGUGGGUUGUGGCCCUGCAUGUGUGGUUUUGCCUCUCCCAGCCCCGGGGAACCACCAACCACUUUUUGUCUCUAUGGAUUUACCUACUCUGUAUAUUUUGUUUAAAUGGAAUCAUACCAGGCUGGGCACAGUGGCUCACGCCUGUAACCCUAGCACUUUGGGAGGCCAAAGCAGGCAGAUCACCUGAGAUCAGGAGUUCAAGACCAGCCUGACCAAUAUGAAACCCCAUCUCUACUAAACAUACAAAAAUUAGCCAGGGCGUGGUGGCUCACGCCUGUAAUCCCAGCUACUCAGGAGGCAGAGGUUGCAGUGAGCUGAGAUUGGGCCAUUGCACUCCAGCCUGGGCAACAAGAGUGAAACUCUGUCUCAAGAAAACAGAAAAUGGAAUCCUACCAUACAUGACCUCCUGUGUCUGGUUUCUUUGACUUGGCAGAUGUUUGUCAGGCUCAUCCACAUUGUAGCAUGUGUCGGUCCUCGAUGAUUAUGACUGAUAGUCCACUGUAUGAAUAUACCACGAGUUUAUCCAUU